GCCCGGAAUGGCGGCACCCUCCCACGUCCUCCCGUUCCUGUCCCCCGCCGGCGGGUGUGCCGCCUCCUCCGCCCGCGCCCACUCUGGCUACCGCGCUGGUCUCCUGCGCUGCUCGGCCGCGGCCGGCCAGGCGGGCUUCUUCACUCGCCUCGGUCGCCUCAUAAAGGAGAAGGCCAAGAGCGACGUGGAGAAGCUCUUCUCCGGCUUCUCCAAGACCCGCGAGAACCUCUCUGUCGUCGACGAGCUCCUUACUUACUGGAACCUUGCCGACACCGACCGCGUCCUCGACGACCUCGAGGAGGCGCUGCUGGUCUCGGACUUCGGGCCCAAAAUCUCAUUCCGGAUCGUCGACACGCUCCGCGAGGAGAUCCGCGACGGCAAGCUCAAGUCUGGCGCCGAGAUAAAGGCCGCGCUGAAAAGGUGCAUCCUGGAACUGCUGACGAGCAAGGGCGGCAACUCGGAGCUCAAUCUCGGAUUCAGGAAGCCGGCUGUCAUCAUGAUCGUGGGAGUGAAUGGCGGGGGAAAGACGACCUCGCUAGGGAAGCUUGCUUACAGGUUUAAGAACGAAGGUGUCAAGGUAUUGAUGGCAGCAGGUGAUACCUUCAGAGCAGCAGCUCGUGACCAGCUAGAAGUUUGGGCUGAGAGAACUGGUUCAGAGAUUGUCAUUGACAAUGACAAGAAGGCACAGCCUCCAGCAGUUCUUUCGCAGGCAGUAAAGCGCGGGAAGCGUGAAGGGUUUGAUGUGGUUCUAUGUGAUACAUCAGGAAGACUUCAUACAAAUUAUGGUUUGAUGGAAGAGCUGGUUUCUUGCAAAAAAGUCCUAGCUAAAGCGCUUCCUGGUGCUCCAAAUGAGAUUUUACUGGUUCUCGAUGGAACGACUGGCUUGAACAUGUUACAGCAAGCAAGGGAGUUCAAUGAUGUUGUAGGAGUCACUGGAUUCAUCCUGACAAAGCUCGAUGGCACUGCGCGCGGUGGCUGUGUGGUUAGCGUUGUGGAUGAGCUUGGCAUCCCGGUGAAGUUCAUUGGGGUUGGUGAAGGGAUGGAAGACCUGCAACCUUUUGACGCCGAGGCAUUUGUUGAAGCCAUCUUCCCAUGAUUUUGGGUUUUGGAGAGAUAAUUCAUGCUUCUACUGUAAAGCUUUGGACUCUGCCGUUGCUUUGGCUCGUUGUGCGAGUUUUUUUCUUGUUGGGAACUACGAUAGUGGUAGGAAGCACAUGGCCCGUGUCAAGAUGAACUGGAACUGGAGUUGAGGCAAACAAAGUGGAGCGUCCAGCUUUGGAGCCCUAAGGGAUGGUUUGGUAAUCAGAGAAUUAGAUAGGGUCUAUAGCGGAGAAAUCUCCUUGUUGAGGACUAGUUUGGUGACUAGAGAAAUGCAGGGGAUGAGAAAUAGAGGGGAUUCUUCAUCUAUGGGUCCUCUACAUUUCCCUGGUCAAUAAAUUAGCCCUGAAUGGAUUCUUCUCCCAUGGAUCCCUUAAAAUUUCCUAUUCACCAAAUCAGUCUUAAACUGUUGAGUUGCACCAGGAGGAUUCAGAGAAAGAAUUGUAGAAUAUGCUCGAUCCUAUUUUUUAAAACUCCAGUUGUAACAAAAUUCUUGGAUUAACUGAAUCGAUCCAAAUCUGUUUCGUUUCUAAA